AUGCCUGACUCGUUAAGUCACUUAACUCCUUCACUCUAUGCUGAUGACACGGAAAUUUAUGCAUCUUCUAAUGACUGCGCCGACCUUGUCGACAAGGUAAAUAUUGAUCUCGAAAACAUACGCAAAUGGAUGAUACACAAUAAACUUCAAAUCCACCCCAGUAAAUCGAAACAUAUGUUCAUUGGGUCUCCCUAUAACCUUAAGAAUAAAGUAUCUGGUAAUCCUAUUUUAAUUAAUAAUAAGCUAGUACCCAGGAUUAAUAAAUAUUCAUGCCUUGGCGUGACUAUGGACGAAAGGUUGUCUUGGGAUAAACAUAUUGAUUCAAUCUGCUCUAAAGUUGGUGCCGGUAUUGGUGCAAUGAGACGUGUUAAACCUUUUGUACCUCUGUCGACAACCAAAAUGCUAUAUAAUGCUAUUAUGCAGCCUUAUUUCGAUUAUUGCAGUUCGUUGUGGGAUAAUUGUGGAAUUGGGCUCAAAGAUAAGUUGCAAAAAUACCAAAAUCGUGCUGCAAGAGUAAUUACUGGGGCAACUUACGAUAUUCGGUCAUCUGAGUUACUCAAUAAUCUAAACUGGAAACCUCUAGAAGAAAGACGAAAUUAUCUUAAAUCUAUUUUCAUCUAUAAAGUUCUGAAUGGCCACACCGCACCAAAUCUUAAAGGAGCAUUUCAUUUUAAUAAUGAAAGACACAACACUUACAAUCUUAGAAAUAGGGAUACUGAUUUAGCACCACCUAUGCCGAAAAAAGAAUUCGGCAAGAGGUGCUUCAGUUAUAAUGGUGCCUUGCAUUGGAAUAAUCUUCCCCAUGAGGCAAAAAUUGCUGAAUCUCUAAGCUCUUUCAAGUCGAUAUUGAAACAAAGAAUGAGUUGAAAUUUGCUUGUGUAUAAUCGCGCAGAUAAAAUCAAUUGUAUUUAUUUAUUUUGUUAUAUUUUGUAUUUCCUGUAUAUAGUUAACUUUUUGUAAAUGGGUAAUUUCACGCCCCUCAUGGAAACCAGCCUUCCAACGGCUGUUGAGGCUAGCGUGGUCUAAAUAAAGUUUUGUAUGUAUAUAUGUAUCGCGUUGAUGAUUAUCGCGUUGAUGAUUAUCGCGUUGAUGAUUAUCGCGUUGAUGAUGAUCGCGUUGAUGAUGAUCGCGUUGAUGAUGAUCGCGUUGAUGAUGAUCGCGUUGAUGAUGAUCGCGUUGAUGAUCUCGAAUUGACAUAUUUUUUACAUAUUACCACAUUUCUUAGAAGGUGCGAAGCAGGAUCAUUCAGACCAGCAUAAUCAUCUAUAUAUAUGCGCAUUUGCAUAUUUAUGUCUAUAUUCUUAUAUUUAAUAUCUAUGCGAUUUGUUCAUGUAUAUAAUGUUGUAAACGAUUUAUCGAAUAUCUUCUGAAUGGAUGGCGACCGAAAUUAAUACGAAUAUCGACGUCGCUAUUAUGGACAGAAUAUUAUUACCGAAAGUAAGCCGAUCUUUUUCCGAAUGUCGACACACUUGCAUUCGUGUCGUGAAUGCUUCGCUGGAACGGAGGACUCCGGCAAAUUGUCUUUGCGCUGAUGAACGCAUCCACAACAAGAUGAACGCGUCCACAACAAAUUAAUGUAUCACGUUCACAUUUGCAUAUAUUAUUACAUUAUCUAUGAAUAUGCAUUAUUACUAUUACUAGGAGUUACUAUCGCAAGGAAAAUGCUGCCGACAUGUACAUGCAGGAUGUACUACAACCAAAAAGUGCACGUUUCUACAUCAAUUACCUCGUACAAUUGUAUCUCACAUCUCAUCUUGUAAAAGUGCACUAUAAAGUAUAAACUCGGUGGUCACAUGUGUAUAAGCAUGGAACAUGUAUUAACUGUAAACUAGAGGUUGUUCAAGCAGCAAUAAUAAUCUUCUUGAACAAGAACUUCUAUACAACAUUCAAAGUCUGUUUAAUCAGCAUUUGAACUUUCGUUUAGCCUAGUGACUUAUUUCAAUACGUUGUGCCUUCCCUCAUGUAAACAGCCCCUAAUAUGCCUGUUCAGGAGGUAAGAAAAGUGCACUUUGAAUAUCUGAAACACCUUGCACAAUGUCAGAAGUCGGGUAAAAUUUCUAAUUCUACUUUCUUGGUGUGAGCAGUUUUAUAUGAUUAAAUACCUUCAAUGCUUAUAAUUUCUUGCUUUUGUACAUAUAAUUAUAAUACUGUCAGUGGCAAAGCUAGCCAUAGCAACAAGGCCCUUGCUAUGCAAGUUUUUAAUGAAUUGCAUCAUUCAAAUAAAUGCAGGUUUAUUAGCAUAUAGCACGUUCAAGCACGAGCAUGCUCAGUAUCGAGUAUAGUGCAUUGUUUAUAUAAAAAUAUUAAGUCAGUUUUUGUUCCAAUUAUUGUUGUAUUCCCACCUUCAGGGCCGUCACCUAUAUGUCUUUGCCCUAUGAAUAUACAUUAUUACUAUUAUAAAUAUAUGGUAAAGGAUUCGCGUAAAAUCCAAUCUAAGUACGUUUUAUAGCUUAUAUAUACUGUUACUUUGCAAACUUGAAUUUAUGUUCAUUUUUAAGUGAUGAUCGUUAUGAUUAUCGCGUUGAUGAUGAUCGCGUUGAUGAUGAUCGCGUUGAUGAUGAUCGCGUUGACGAUGAUCGCAAUGACGAUGAUCGCAAUGACGAUGAUCGCGUUGAUGAUUAUCGCGUUGAUGAUGAUCGCGUUGAUGAUGAUCGCGUUGAUGAUGAUCGCGUUGAUGAUGUUGAUGAUGAUCGCGUUGAUGAUCUCGAAUUGACAUAUUUUUUACAUAUUACCACAUUUCUUAGAAGGUGCGAAGCAGGAACAUUCAGACCAGCAUAAUCAUCUAUAUAUAUGCGCAUUUGCAUAUUUAUGUCUAUAUUCUUAUAUUUAAUAUCUAUACGAUUUGUUCAUGUAUAUAAUGUUGUAAACGAUUUAUCGAAUAUCUUCUGAACGGAUGGCGACCGAAAUUAAUACGAAUAUCGACGUCGCUAUUAUGGACAGAAUAUUAUUACCGAAAGUAAGCCGAUCUUUUUCCGAAUGUCGACACUUGCAUUCGUGUCGUGAAUGCUUCGCUGGAACGGAGGACUCCGGCAAAUUUUCUUUGCGCUGAUGAACGCAUCCACAACAAGAUGAACGCGUCCACAACAAAUUAAUGUAUCACGUUCACAUUUGCAUAUAUUAUUACAUUAUCUAUGAAUAUGCAUUAUUACUAUUACUAGGAGUUACUAUCGCAAGGAAAAUGCUGCCGAUAUGUACAUGCAGGAUGUACUACAACCAAAAAGUGUCUUUUUUAGUGCACGUUUCUACAUCAAUUACCUCGUACAAUUGUAUCUCACGUCUCAUCUUGUAAAAGUGCACUAUAAAGUAUAAACUCGGUGGUCACAUGUGUAUAAGCAUGGAACAUGUAUUAACUGUAAACUAAAGGUUGUUCAAGCAGCAAUAAUAAUCUUCUUGAACAAGAACUUCUAUACAACAUUCAAAGUCUGUUUAAUCAGCAUUUGAACUUUCGUUUAGCCUAGUGACUUAUUUCAAUACGUUGUGCCUUCCCUCAUGUAAACAGCCCCUAAUAUGCCUGUUCAGGAGGUAAGAAAAGUGCAAUUUGAAUAUCUGAAAUACCUUGCACAAUGUCAAAAGUCGGGUAAAAUUUCUAAUUCUACUUUCUUGGUGUGAGCAGUUUUAUAUGAUUAAAUACCUUCAAUGCUUAUAAUUUCUUGCUUUUGUACAUAUAAUUAUAAUACUGUCAGUGGCAAAGCUAGCCAUAGCAACAAGGCCCUUGCUAUUCAAGUUUUUAAUGAAUUGCAUCAUUCAAAUAAAUGCAGGUUUAUUAGCAUAUAGCACGUUCAAGCACGAGCAUGCUCAGUACUGAGUAUAGUGCAAUGUUUAUAUAAAAAUACUAAGUCAGUUUUUGUUCCAAUUAUUGUUGUAUUCCCACCUUCAGGGCCGUCACCUAUAUGUCUUUGCCCUAUGAAUAUACAUUAUUACUAUUAUAAAUAUAUGGUAAAGGAUUCGCGUAAAAUCCAAUCUAAGUACGUUUUAUAGCUUAUAUAUACUGUUACUUUGCAAACUUGAAUUUAUGUUCAUUUUUAAGUGAUGAUCGUUAUGAUUAUCGCGUUGAUGAUGAUCGCGUUGAUGAUGAUCGCGUUGACGAUGAUCGCAAUGACGAUGAUCGCAAUGACGAUGAUCGCGUUGAUGAUUAUCGCGUUGAUGAUGAUCGCGUUGACGAUGAUCGCAAUGACGAUGAUCGCAAUGACGAUGAUCGCGUUGAUGAUGAUCGCGUUGAUGAUGAUCGCGUUGAUGAUGAUCGCGUUGAUGAUGAUCGCGUUGAUGAUGAUCGCGUCCAUCUCGAAUUGACAUAUUUUUUACAUAUUACCACAUUUCUUAGAAGGUGCGAAGCAGGAUCAUUCAGACCAGCAUAA